GCUUGGGAGUUUUAUCCAAGUAGUGGCGUCGUAGGGAAAUAGAGUGAGUGCCUUUUUACCGUGGCUUCAGACGUGCCAUACAAGAAAAUAUAAAACGAUGACUUCAACAAAUAUGUUUCAGGGACUGGAAAACGAUGGCAAACCGAGCUCUAGGGUGCUCCAACCCCCCGGAGGUGGCUCCAGUAACCUGUUUGGUCCGUGUGACGAGGUUUCGGCGAGUCGACCUCACAAGAUGAGGUCCAAUAUAUUUUCUCCUCCGGAGCAGCCGCAGGAGGGCCCCAAAAGGAGCAAUCCGCCAGGGGGGAAGAGCAGCGGGAUCUUCGCCGAGGCCCCAGCCGAGACUCCCGCCGUUCAGCAGAGGCCGACCGCCCCCGCCGGAGUGAGCAGCAACAUUUUUGGGGACAGGGCUAGCAAUCCCCCCGCUGCCCGCAGUUACCCCAGUAAACCAAAGGACAACAUCGGUAUCCAUGGUACACCAAAGCCUGAAGUUCCGGAGCCAAAGGUGGCGUCUCCGGCGAAGGAGAUCGCUUCCGCCCCUCCCGCAGCGGGCAAGGACGCCCCCGCUCCCCGUCCCAAGCCGGAGGCGGACUCCCCGUCCCACGGGUCCAACGUGGAGGACCACGAGCCCCGGCUGGGGCCUCGACCCCGGUCCCACAACAAGGUCAUCCACCCCCCCGGAGGAAAGUCGAGUGUGGUCUUCUACUGACGGCCUCCAGGCCGACCCUUAGUCCUCCAGCACGGUUCUGACCUUCGACCUUUCUACUACUGCCCCGCCCCCCUCUCUUCGUCUGUACACAAAGGAAGCUUUGUCAAACUGACCAAAUUGGCAUCAGCGUACUUCUGCUCUUUCCUUUCUUGGUGCAAAAGGGAUCUUUGAUAUUCCGACAGAUCAGAGGUUCUUAUUCGCGCAUAAAAAUUCCUGAUUCGAACUUAUUCUCAUGAAGUGUUAAUCGCACCAAGCUAUUCCAGAAAGCACAACUGGAAAGGUCUUAAUCAUGUACGUACAUCCGUGACCUGUAUAACUGUGGUUAAGGCUUAGUCGGAGCGUUUUGUGCGCAGUUGCGCAGCACAAGUGAACCGCUUGCUUCUCGCGUCUGCGUAGCGUUGGGUGUUUAGUGCAGGUUUAUGGCCCGUUUCGUUGAAAACAUGCGCCGCGUUGGCUCCUAGCUGCAGGGUGGUGAAAGCUCGAUAGCGGAGGUCUGUAUAUUCUCACUUUCGGGCUAAUCAAGGCCUUGCGCCGCCUCCUCUUCAGAUUUGCACCUCUUGUUCACACAAUCCUGAAAAAUGUAUAAGGACUGCGUUUUGGGCUCGGUGUCCGAUUUCUCAUUUUAUUACGAUGCCUUUUCAUCUCGUCAUUACUGUGGAGUUGUCUGAGCAUAUUAGCCUUUGUCUCCUUUAAGAAGCAAUGUAUAUUCAGGGAGACGGCAGCAAAAACGAAAGGGGUCCUGAACCCACUAUAAUAUAGUACUUCCUUUUUUUUUUUUUUUGCAUCUUAUUUUAUAUACAGAAGUAAGUGAUCUGUGUCUAUGCGGGUAUUCUCAUUGUUUAUCUUUCCAUUGCUUGUUCCGUCUUGAGAACGGUGCGGUAUUUGAAUGCUGGAAGAGGCCUUUUAUGUUUUAAAUUAAAACAGCAGUGCGAGUGUGAACACUGUGUGAGACGUGCGUGGGAACGAGAGGGGCGGGUCCUCGCCGGGGUCCGCCCACUGACAUUCCGAGAGUGUUCACCUUCCCCCCCCCCCCCCCCCAUGCCAACCUUCCUCUGUGGGUUUCCUGUCUGUGUUAGCAUGCCACGCAGGUGUUCCGUGCAAUACAGUGUACGAGGGGAAAAAAACAACCUGUGUCAUAAAAUAAAACCUGUAUUUUGAUGA